AUGGAGGCUACUGUGUCAAUAGUGCGGCGGACUGCCUGGAGCCUGAUUGUAAAAUGCAGGUUGUGAGUCAAUUGUUUUUAUCUUUAUAUAAAUUAGUGACCUCCCCUUCCCUCUCCACACAUUCACACCCUCUUUCCUUUCCUUUCCCGCCACCAUCACCCUCCGCUCUCAUACACACGCAUCACAAUGGCUGCUCAUCUCCGUCAAGUCUUCAACGAUUGCAAAGCGCAGAAGCGCCCUGCCUUCGUGGCGUUCGUCACCGCCGGAUACCCAGAGCCCGGCGACACUGUCGAAAUCAUGCUCUCGCUAGAGAAGGGCGGUGCCGACAUUAUCGAGCUCGGAGUGCCAUUCACUGAUCCGUUGGCUGAUGGUCCUACUAUUCAGGAGUCCAGCCAUGUUGCUCUUCAACAUAAUGUCGAUAUCCCAAUGUGCUUGAACAUGGUCAGGGAAGCCAGAGCCAAGGGUCUUAAGGCCCCAGUCAUCUUUAUGGGAUACUACAACCCCCUCCGCUGCUAUGGCGAGGAGAAGAUUGUUCAGGACUGCAAGGAGGCUGGUGUUAACGGUUUCAUUGUCGUCGAGCUGCCCCCAGAGGAGAGCGCUGUCUUCCGCGGAUACUGCACUCAACAUGGUCUCUCUUAUGUUCCCUUGGUUGCCCCCUCCACAUCCGACAACCGUAUUGGUCACUUGGCCCGGGUUGCGGACAGCUUCAUCUAUGUUGUUUCCAAGCUCGGUGUCACUGGCGCUUCGAGCACAGUGAAUGUUGAACUUCCUAACCUCGUCUCUCGAAUCCGCCGCUACACUGAUCUGCCUCUGGCUGUCGGUUUUGGUGUCUCGAACCGCGAACAAUUCCAGGCUGUUGGUGCUCACGCCGAUGGUGUUGUCAUUGGAAGCAGCAUCAUCACAGUUCUUCGCAAUUCCGCCCCUGGAACCCGUGGUGAAGCUGCCUACAAUUACGCGAAGGAUGUUAGCGACCGCACUGGCGCCCCUGACUAUAACAUCACUCAUCCAGACGACCGUAUCCCUCCUACCCCUAGUCAUGUUCACUUAAUCGACCCUCGCUUCGGAGAAUUCGGUGGACAGUACGUACCAGAGGCCCUGGUUGACUGCUUGAGUGAGCUAGAGGCAGCCUAUGUCGGGGCUAGGAAGGACCCCUCCUUCUGGGAGGAGUACAAGUCGCACUACCAGUACAUCGGUAGACCCUCGGCUUUGACCUUUGCCGACCGCUUAACUGAGAAGGUUGGUGGAGCAAGAAUUUGGUUGAAGCGCGAGGAUUUGAACCACACUGGAUCACAUAAAAUCAACAACGCCAUCGGUCAAAUCUUGCUUGCUAAGAGACUUGGAAAGAAGAGAAUCAUUGCUGAGACCGGUGCUGGCCAGCACGGAGUCGCCACCGCAACUGUUUGCGCCAAGUUUGGAUUGGAGUGCAUUGUCUACAUGGGUGCUGAUGAUGUGAGACGUCAGGCUUUGAACGUUUUCAGAAUGCGCAUCCUGGGCGCCAAGGUCGUCACUGUCCAUUCCGGCGCCAAGACCCUCAAGGAUGCUAUUAACGAGGCCAUGAGAGAUUGGGUUGCUAACGUCACUACCACCCAUUACUUGGUCGGAUCCGCCAUUGGACCCCACCCCUUCCCCACCAUUGUCCGCGACUUCCAGUCUGUAAUUGGUACCGAGGCAAGGGAACAGAUGCUGGAGCAGGCCGGCCGUCUUCCUGACGCCGUUGUCGCCUGUGUCGGAGGAGGAAGCAAUGCCAUUGGUUUGUUCUACCCCUUCAUCAAUGACAAGUCUGUCCAAAUGAUUGGAGCGGAGGCUGGUGGUGCUGGUACUCACACUGAGGAGCAUUCUGCCACGUUGGCUACCGGAACAAUUGGUGUCUUCCACGGAACGAGGACUUAUUUGUUGCAGGACGAUAGGACUGGCCAGAUUAAGGAAACCCACUCGAUUUCCGCCGGCCUGGACUAUCCCGGUGUUGGACCUGAACACGCGUGGUUGAAGGACUCUGGCAGAGCCAAGUACAUUCCUGUAGACAAUGCUCAGUGCUUGAUGGGAUUCCGUGACCUUUGCCAGACGGAAGGUAUCAUUCCUGCACUCGAGUCUUCACAUGCCCUCUACGCUGCAAUUGAGACUGCCAAGGAGUUGGGUCCCGGCAAGGAUGUUCUUGUCACCGUUUCUGGCCGUGGAGACAAGGAUGUCGAGUCUGUCGCCAAGGCUCUUCCCACGCUAGGACCCAUCAUCGGAUGGGAACUUGAGCUGCCCAAGAUCUCUGACAACUAUUAAGGAGAUUGUCCCAUAGAUAGCGUUAUUGGAGGCGCAUAUGACCAUGCAUAAAAUCAAG